AUGAAUCCAUCAGCACCGAAAAGACGAGGUCGACCGAGAAAAACGGCAAUUCCAUCGAAUGAUGUUAAUCAGACAACUGAAACCAAAGAUGAAUUAGUUGAACCGAAGAUUGAAAAUUUAUUGACGAUAAAUACCAGUAUUGUUGCACCACGCAAAGCAGCGAAAACUAAGAAGAAAUACAAAGAAGUUAGUAGUGGAGAUGAAUAUGAAAAUGACGAGGAGGAAGAGGAUGAAGAUGAUGAUUAUGACGGUGAAUCAGAUGAAGAAGUUGAACCACGAAAUCGACGAUCGUCGGCUGCAAAACGAAAGUCAAUUGCUAUUUUAUCGAAAGAUCAAACAGAAAGCUGGGGAAAUUAUCGUAAUACGAUUGAUAAUGGACCUGUUCCACAGCAUGCACUGUCACUGAAUGAAAUCGCCUUUGAUGUUGCUUUAAAACUACAACAACGAAAUCAAGCUCAACAUCUAGCGAUCGAUUAUUUAGAUACUGAUAAUAAAAUUGAGUUUAUCAAUGAUAAGAAAAUGUCCGAAGAACUUGUACUAGAUACAUAUCAGAUUCAACUUUCUCAGGAUACUUCGAACAUUCCAUUUAAUCUUUCACCGUUCGAAUCAAUUGUACAUAAAACAAAAGUCUUUACAUUAAAUAUGGGCAUUGGUCCAAUUCAAUCUAUCGACUGGCUUUCAAUGCCGACGACGAACUGUCCAUUAACACACCAAUACCUAGCCAUUGGUUGUUCACGUUCGUCAAUAGUAUCAAAACAUUUCUAUGACGAGAUUUAUUCUUAUAAAAACUACAUCCAAAUUUGGAUGUUUAAUCUAUCGAAUACUAAGACAAGUGUAUCACCUAACAAUCAUCAACUAAUUGGUUUUAUACCAAUUGCUGACAGUGGUGCAAUAUGGAGUUUGAAAUGGUCACCAGCGUGCUCAUCGCCAUCAGUGUACUUAGCUGCAGGAACGAGUUCAGGUGCAAUUUACUUGUAUAAAAUCUUUACUCAGUAUUCGGUCUCAGCAUCAUCUUCAACAGCGAAGAAACUUUUCCCAUUUUAUAAAUCAUCAAAAUUAAUUCGAUGUUCGUUAAGUGAACCGAAUAAUCAAACGCAAUGUUUAUCAAUUGACUGGUCACUACAUGAUCCAAAUCGCUUGAUUGCUAGUUAUAGUAACGGUUUCAUCGCGCUUUUUCAUGUGAAUACGCAAGUGCAACAUUUAAUUGAAAUGAAAUCCAAUCAAGAAAAGGUAAUCUAUCCGAUUCGAUUUAUUCGAGUUUCUUAUACGCCAAUUCGUGAUGUGAAAUUUCUGAGUAAUUCAUCGAAUCUCGUGUUGACGAUCGCAAACAUUGCCAAACGAUUUUCUGUAUGGGAUCUUGAUGAUUGUCAACAACAUCUUAUCGACAUUGAAAACAGUGGUACUGAAUCAGUUAUUAGAACAUUAACUGGCGAUCUUUUAUGUGCAAAAGAAUUCACGCCAUCAUAUGCUCGAAUGAGUGCUUAUCUUGCAUAUGACCCCGAGAACAACAAUUUGCCAAAACAUAUCUAUUUCCAGUCAACACCGGAUCAUGUUCUCAGUGUAGAUUAUUCGCCAUGGUUGGAUUCUAGUUUACUUUGUGAUACGAAUGGUCGAGAGAUAGAUAAACAUGUUUACAUUGAAACAUUGAUGUUCGUUUUCUUUUUUCAAGGUUGUGUUUAUUUCUUUCGUUUGACAAAUUUUGUACGUUGGACAAGAAAGAAUGAAUGCUCGUUGAAAUAUCGAUUGAAAUUAUUCAAUACGAACGCGAUUCUCAAGUCAGAUAAACAAGAAGAGGCGUCAACAAAGAGUAAUAAUGAAGUUGGCGACCCAAUUUUUGAACAAUCAUCCUAUUCCAAUCUAAUUGACAGAUAUUAUCUAGAUACGAAUUUAUGCUGUGAUCAAAAAUUCGUCAGUAAACAAGAUGAUUUCAGUAAAGCUGGAAAUUAUGCUCUUAAUGCUUUACAUAAAAUUCGUUUUAAUCCUAAUCUUGGUUCAUAUGCUUGGUAUGCAUUUGGUGGUGAAUCUGGUUUACUUUUCAUUCUUCCAUUGAAUCAAUCCUGGUCAACUCAUGCUCUUAGUAUCUACGAAAAGGAAAAUAAAUCGAUUUAG